UCGGGAACCGUACAGGAGAGGAGAAACAUUCCCGAUGGAGUAACACUUCUAAACAGUAUACUAUGAGCGCAGUCAUUUUGGACUGGAUUGAAAUCUUCUAAACAUCCUAAUUCACACUGAUAUUAUAAUAGCCACGGAUUAAUCUACGGUAAGCAUCAUCCUUUCGGGAAAGACAGUAUUUGCGCAGUAUGCUGCGAUGGAAUAUACUGAGGCGGAAGGGGAUUGCUGGGAUUUCCAUAAGUUUGACUUGUGGUAGAUAACUUGGAUUUGGAAUCGCCCGUCUUCGGCUCUGUUUGUGACUUGAGGUAUAAUUUUAGGAUGUAAAAUGGGUUCUUUCUGUUCAAGUGGAUGCUUAUGAUGAGAAUUUUGUUUUGAGGGGAAUUGAACGAUAUGGUCAGUGGUCAGUCAGGAGAGACUGAAGAUUUCCAGCGCCUGCUCUGCGGUGGAGGACUACAGGCGGGCGCUCGUGAAAGACCCGAACCAUCUGAAGAGAGCGCGUGCCAUGCAGUCUCGGGUCUCGAGCGGUAGAAAGCUGUAAAACCUGUGGCCAGGGGUUGACUGAGACGCGGUGAUGGGCUUUGCCAUGAGGCACCGCUGGUUCAUGGUGCCACUGCUAAUGCAGGCAUGGCUGUCUGCCACCCCUUGCUUUGGUGAGCGUCCUUGCCCUCGGAGCUGUCGAUGCGAUGGCAAAAUCGUAUACUGUGAGUCUAGCGCAUUCCGUGAUGUUCCCAAGAACCUCUCAGGCGGCUGUCAAGGCCUGUCUCUGCGGUAUAACAGCUUAGCAAGCCUGAAGUCAGGCCAAUUUGUUGGCCUCAACCAGCUCAUUUGGCUGUACCUGGACCACAACUACAUUGCCAAUGUGGAUGCACGUGCUUUUCAAGGGAUACGGAGGCUCAAAGAGCUAAUAUUGAGCUCCAACAAGAUCACACUGCUACAUAACACCACAUUUCACCUGGUACCAAACUUGAGGAAUCUGGACCUUUCCUAUAACAAGCUACAAGCUCUACAACCAGGGCAGUUCCAGGGACUGCGCAAGCUACUCAGCUUGCACAUGCGCUCCAACUCCCUUAAGAAUCUUCCCUCUCGCCUUUUUCAAGACUGCCGUAAUCUUGAAUUCCUUGACCUUGGCUACAACCGACUGCGCAGCAUUACUCGCAAUUCAAUGUCCGGCCUGAUGAAGCUAACUGAGCUGCAUAUUGAGCAUAACCAGUUCUCUAAAAUCAACUUUUUCAACUUCCCACGCUUCUAUAACUUGCGUGCUCUUUACCUACAGUGGAACCGCAUUAGGACCAUGAGUGAAGGCCUUACAUGGACCUGGACAUCAUUGCAGAAGCUAGACCUUUCAGGAAAUGACCUUCAGGAGAUCGAUGCAGAGGUGUACCGGGCCAUGCCGAAUCUGCAGACGCUUAACCUGGAUUCAAACAAGCUUGUCAAUGUGUCUCAAGAAGCUGUGGAUGCCUGGACCUCUCUGACAGCAAUUAGUCUGGCAGGAAACAUGUGGGACUGUGGACCAGUUGUGUGCCCACUGGUGGCCUGGCUGAGAACCUUCCGUGGAAACAAAGAAAUUAAUAUGAUUUGUGCAUCACCCAAAGAAGUCCAAGGGGAGAAGGUUAUGGAUGCCGUUGACGCCAAUAGGGUUUGUAGGGUUGCCCCUGCUAUGCCAUCAACUGUAAUUGUUCCCUCUACCCCUUUUGUCGCCUUUGCCCAGACCCCAGCCAGCUCUUUCAUCCCGACUCUAAAAUCUGGAGACAGCAGAAGGGGCCAGGGGACAUCCUUGGAAGAUACCACCUCUUCUGCACCUUCUCAGCCCGCUGUCCCACCACCUGAGCAAGACUUUGAACCUGUAUCAUUCCACAAGAUAGUGGCAGGAAGUGUUGCCCUCUUCCUGUCAGUUGCCAUGAUCCUCCUCGUAAUUUAUGUGUCAUGGAAGCGCUAUCCAAGCAGUGUUAAGCAGCUACAGGAAAACUCGGCUGCUGCUCGCAAACGUCGGAAAAAGUCACGGGAGACAGAGCGCACACUCAGCACACCAUUGCAGGAGUACUAUGUGGACUACAAGCCUAAUAACACAGAGGGCACGGAUGUGCUGGUCAAUGGUACCGGGCCAUGCACCUACACUAUCUCUGGCUCCAGAGAAUGUGAGGUCCCUCACCAGAUGAGCACUCUGACCUUCUACAGGUACGAGCAGCCCAUAGUGGACUACUGCCAAGCCCAUCAGCCCCUGCGGCUCAACAUGAGCUACGAGGGGCCGCCGCAAAGCCUGGAGGGGCUGGAGGAGCUUCCCCCCCGCGAGAGGAGCACCAUCCAGACUGUGGCCCUUCCGGCAGUGCCCACCAUCAACAUGGGUAUCACGGGACCCUGCUCCCCACCCAGCCAGAAAGCACCCAUGGAGGGGCCCAGCAUCCUCUACCCCACCACAGAACGCUCCAUUAACUAUCCAACAACAGAACGUUCCACCAGCACCCUCACUUUUAGACGCUAACGGCUCCGCUCGCAAAGCAAGGCAUGAUGGGUAAUUUCAAAAGAGGAUGUGCCUGGGCGGUGAUCCACAUUCUGCCGGCAUUAACGCAGCGGCAUAUCUGAAAACUGUGCAUACUGCUGCGCGCUAACUGUUUCUCGCGAAUAUAGAGAAGUGAAAAACAUUCCCACGACAUCGCUGGAGGACACGAGGAUCUGGCAUACAGUACACUUUCAGUGUGGAGUGUAGUGUAUCCUGGAAAAUGGGAUUCCAUUCGUCUUUUUCCAUCUUUUCUUUGUUACGACUCAAAGGCCCGUACACGUUUUGUUGUUCCCGUUCUGCUCAAUGGCAAAUUGAAAUCCAAUGCAAUAUGCAUGAGACGUUAAACGUGGCUUUGGUUUCAUUCAGCCCUCGCUCUGUACCGACACUACAGGACGCCUUCUCUGAGGAGUAGAUAAUGGUGAUUCUCUCAUGCUGAGUGAAGAAUGAAUAGGAAUGUGCAAUAAACAAGGUUUUUUUGACGAGGGAGAGAGUGUGAGAACGAGAGAAUGAAAAGAAACAAAUUAAUGUUCACCAGAGCUCAAAGACCUCUCGCUGUUAUUUUCAUUUAGUUGCCAGGGAGCGCUCAUAAAUGCUGUCAUUAUUUGAUUAAAAAGACAGAUCUGUCCAGACAUGAGCAUCUCAGAUGGAAGAUCUCUUUAGUAUAAAAAAAAAGCAUUCAUUAAAAGCGAAAUGAAGUCUCACGGGGCAAGGUCUUUCAGAGUGCACAUGUACCAAAGAUCAAGCUUCUUUAGAUGUACAUAUAGCUUGUGUUUCUUUUCAAAAUGUAAUCAGACUAAUCAGUAUGUGUCUAAUGCAUACUGUAAUGGGCCGCCAGAGUUUAUGACUAAUUUUCAAUUCUGUAGAAUUCAAUACUGAAAUGCAGAGUGAAAAACAUCAAGCUCAGUGUUUGAACGCUACUUGUUGACUAGAUAGUGUAUGUGUGUGUUUGCUUGUGAGUGUGUAUGGGUUUUUUUUGUUUUUGUUUAAAAGCUGAAGUGUGUAAUUUCUGCGCCCAGUGGUGUGAAAAAUAAUGACUUCAGUGUUUUCGAAAAGGUUUCCCUUAUCUGCCAUUGGUCAGGCAAACAGAAGCCACGCCCUCAAACCUACGCCAUUGUUGCUAUGUUGGCCUGUCAGAGUUUAAACAAACAAACAAUGUUUUGAUAGUGCCACAGUGUUUACAUGUGUCUGCUAAGCCAUCCGCUUGUUCAUACUUGUUACUGAAUACUAGUUGUCUCUGCUUUUCGCUAAAAAGCCAAAAAAUUACACACUUCAGCUUCAAGAGGGAAGAAUCAUAAGAACGCGAAGCAAACGUCCCUCACUCGCUUAGCAUGUUGGAGUUACCAUACAGUGGCGGAAAUAUCUUCAUCGCAAGUAUGCAACGCAUCGCAAGCGUGCACACUGUUGUAACACACCUCCAGUGGGAGCGGUAUUACGCUGUGUGUGUAUAUAUUAUUGUUACUAGCUAUACGUCAUUGAAGAGUGUGCUAACUUGCUCAGCAAUAUUUUCUUCAAACUGUUGCUACGCUGUGACAGUAAUUGACCUAAAUGGAAAAACUGAGAACGCUGAAAAUUCAACGCAUACUUGAGUUUCUGUGUGAAAUGGAGCUUGGCUAGAAGCGUUUGUAUGCUUGUGUAGAACAUGUUUCUGACCAAAAUGAUCCUUCUAACCCAUUUUCAAAUGGCUUUCCAAUGAUCUAACAAUAACAAAGCAUGAAUCUCUAUCAAGAGCCUC